CUCCUCAUUGUAGGAAUGGCAGUCCCACAGAAUCCGUGUCACUCCCAGCUCCAGCUUGCAGGGAGUGCUGUCACUUGCAGAGCGUUGCUGUGUCAUCGGGUGUAUCAUUAACCUUCCAGGGCAGCUGAAGUGAAUAAAAAUUAAUCAUAACAGGCACCAUUAGGAAACCCAGGCACAUACAGGCCUUUUGGUAAAGAAACCUCCUCCACAAAAGAUCUGCACCCUUCUACAAACCCUGCGACAUCUAAUGUAAAGCCCAGCAUCCUCAGGCUGCAAAAACAAUUAUCUUUAAGUAACUUCUACAUUGAUGUCGCACAUCAGGGAAGUCAUGCUGGGAAGGCGGAGGAGUCUCACAUGAGAAUGGAUAGCAGGACAUUCUGUAAAAAUUCAGUUCUUCAUAAUGGAGCUAAUGAGAAUUUGCAUCCAUCGUUGGGCAACUUACCAGCUGGGUCUUCAACUCAGAAUGAAAAUUCCACCACAAAUAUUAAUCUAACGUCCACCCAAGAGAGUUCUCACAGCCAUAUACAAGAUGAUGCGGAACACAUUUAUGAAACACUCCCAUUCUAUGCCAUGACUGACUGUACUGAUGGAAUCUAUGAGGAUCCAGAUUCACUGAGAGACGAAGAAACCCCACCACCAGAUUACAAAUACCCAAUCUCAUUCCCCAAAGGAAACAACACUGCAAAUAUAGCACUUAUUGCAUCUGAGGAUUCCAAUAUCAUUUAUGAUGAUGCCGAGGGCCUAGGCACAACCAUGCUGCCUGAAGUGGAUGAACUUAUACAAUCUGAGGAACACUAUGUUGAACAGUUAAACUAUUUAACUUCUACCAUUCGGCCAAAACUUGAGAAGAUAAAUGGAGUUGACGUGAGGACUCUUUUUUGCAACGUGGAUGAGAUUCUUCAGGUGGCUAAAUUGUUCCUGGCAGACUUAAAAAAUAUGGAGUGCAAUGGGCAGUACCAUCUGAAGCAAAUUGGAGAACUGUUCCUGAAUUUCAGCACAGACAUGCAGAAUACAUACAGCACAUACUGCUGGGAAUAUCAACGAUCCCUCUCUCUUCUGGAGCAAUACAAGGAGAGUGAAAUAUACCUGCACAUUAAAGAGCUCCUGCAUUCUGGAUUGUCUAAGCCCAAAUGUAGCGACAUCAGCUUCAUCCUGGUCAUGCCUGUGCAGCGCAUCACAAAGUACCCCCUGUUACUGCUGAGCAUCCUGAAGAACUGUCCCCCAAAUGGCGAGGAACAUGUCGCCAUACAGAAUGCAUAUUCUGCAAUGCAGGAGGUGAAUCAAAACAUCAAUGAAUACAAGAGAUGCAAGGAAGCUGGAAGCAAAUAUCACCGCUUGAAACAGCAAACUCUGAUGGAAAAAGUCUCAUCCCUAAGCACCGGUACCAUCUCCAAAAAAUAUAAACGCCUGAGCCACAGAAUCAUGUAUGAGGCAGGCAUCAUUCCAAAGAGAGAAGACAAAGAAUUCGAUGGUUUGGUAGAACAUUUUCAAAUUCUUGAAUCGGCUGUUAAAACACUGAAGCAUAAUUUUGCCAGCUAUGUGAAAAAUCUUGAGGAAUUCAGUGCCGUUCAGCUUGAUUUCUAUUCUUUGGAGGUCCCAGACUUUUCAGUCUUUGAACUUCAGAAUUUUUCCCAGAAAUUGUUCCCAGAAUAUAACAGAAGACUGGACCUACUUGUCUGGCAGCCUCUUAUCAAGUUAUUACAAUGCCUUAAAGGUCCCAAGAACCUUAUCCGGAAGCGUAUGGACAAGCUACUUGACUAUGAGAAUCUGGAAAGCAAAUUACAAGAGACAGGGGGCAAAAUGACAUACGAAGAAGAGGACAUCAAGAAUGCUUACUUCGGAUUCCAUUCAAGGCUGCUCUCUGAACUGCCUCAGUGCAUUGCCUUCUCCUACCAGUUGCUUUUUCAGCUCUUACGAUCUUUCAUUGGUCUUCAGAAAGAACUGGCACAAGAAGGAUGGCGAGCAGCGGAAUCUUUAGCUUCUCAGACCCCAGACUGCAAGCUUCCAGAGGUGGACUUCAGGAAACAGGCAGAGGACAUGAUCAGUAACUCUCUUGCCCAGUUAACUGAACUCACCAAAAAAUUUGAGCAGCAGAUGCCUUCUCCUGAAGUACAGGAUCACGAUCCUGCCAUUGUUCUGCAAGUGCAGAAGUUGAUAAAACGUCACGGCCACCAGAAGGAGAUCUAUCAGGUGAUGAGCAAUAUUAAUGGUAGUCGGGAUAUGGAUCUUACUCUGCAUCGUUUCGAAGUUGUAGCCGUGCUGCAGAAAUCUGAUACUAAAGGGAACACAUAUAGAUGGCUGGUGGACACAGCCGGAGGCACAAGAGGAUUUGUAACCUGUAACAAACUUCAGCCCUACCAAUCAUUGCACACUCCAAAGCCGUCCCAGAACUUUCUUUACCCAAAUGAAACAGUGGAAAAAAGGCGCCAUUCACUUAAUCCACUAGAGCGCCCACAAUCCAUCUACUCUGAAUCCCAGAAUAUGACUCCAGUUUUCCAGAUCAUCGCAGGAUAUGGAUUCACUGCCCGCAGUGAUUAUGAGGCCAGUUUAAUAGCAGGAGAACCUGUAACUGUACUGGAACCUCAUGACAAGAAGGGAAGCACAGAGUGGAGCCUUGUGGAGGUUCGGGGACAGCGGGGCUACGUGCCAUCUAGCUAUCUUUUGAGGGUGCCUGUGCAGAAUACUUAUGGCUUUGUUGUGCCAACAUUAAAAUAAGCUCUUCCAGUUUAUAAAGUGCAAGAUUUCAUGAAAAUAUAGGGAACUUAGUGCUAGAUUCCUGGACUCCAUGCAUGUUAUUAUAAUUAUCUGUACAGCAGGAUCAUCUACUAAUGGCAAGUCUGCCAAGUACACACAGGGUGGCAGCUCGAUAUAACAACUGUAUUUUGUACUGUGACUGAAACUGUAAGCAAUGCAAACCCUCAAUGCCAUAAAUCAUACUAUUUUGAAAUAUAAUCACUGGAUGUUCUGUGUAGCCAAUGUUAAUUAUCCCUACGCCCCAAGUCCUGAUCCUCACACUGGAUAAGGGACAACGUUUACUGCAACAUGGGUGUGAUAUGGGGGUGGAUUGAGAGCAUUUCCAGAUGGAACUGGGCAUGAUCUGGUUAGAAUGGGGUUUUACGUUAGCAUUUACUUUAGCAUAUAUAAAGCAUCCCCAAGGAGGUCAUGGUUUGUCACUUUUUUAUAUUAUAUUAAUAUGGAUAAAGCCUGACUGUAUCUGUUAACAUAAUGCUGACAUGGUUGUGCAGAGACAGCAAGGAAUAUUAAUCUAGCUGACUGCUCUGCCCAACACACACUAAUUCUAUUCAUUUAAACUAUAUAUUGUAAAUAAGCUAACUUACUGGCAGCCAAUAAACAUCAUUUUUAUUGACGCUAAAAUGCCUUUUGAUGUGGUUGAAGAAUGUAUUUUUUUUAAAAAUCUGCAAUUAUAAACUGUGAAGCUGUUAUUCUGCCAUAAAAGGCGCAUCUUACCAUAGCUUGUAGCAAGUACUGGAGUGCUCAACGUAGAGGAAACUUUAUGAAAGUAGUGGAGAAUCAGCAGCUCACUGGAUUAGCGGUUUGGAUGUUGAAAGUGCUUUAUUGGCUCACAGUGGCAUAUAGACAUAGUUUGGUGCCUCACUGGGCCCUUUGUCAAGUGCAUCCUUAUCUACCAUAGCUUGAACAUUUUCAAAUCUUAUCUUGCUGACUCUUUACCAUCUAGUAAAGUAACUCUGGGCCGUUAUAGCAGAAGCACUUUUAUUAGGACCUGUUGCUUUGUUGCACAGUAAUUCUUUCUCUGGAUGUCCCAUAAUUGCUGAACAUGAUCUUUUAUAAACAAAGGAAUGAAUUCACAUUAAAGAAUUGUCAGAUCCUAGCACAAGAGUGUAAAUAUAUUUUGUGAUAUUAACAUUAUCCCAUUGUAACAUGCAAAAAAAAGGUUGAUUUCUGCUGGGGUGGGCGUCCGGGUGGGCAUCCUACACCUGAGCUGGCUGUUGUGUGUUUAUGCCACUGGGUACAGCAUUCAAAGAGUUAAAGUGUUAAGAGGGGAGGGGGGAAACACGUAAUAGAACCUCCUGGCUGUUUGUUAAUAUCUGACAAUUGUUCUAAAAUUAAAUGUGCAAACAAUUAAGUUGAAUGAAUUAUCUGUAAUUAUUUGCUUUCAGAUAUACAGAUGACUGAUGCUGCUGUUAUAAUGACAAUAAACACUCCUCAUGAUGACUCACACCUA